CUCUUCUGGCAAUUGUAAUUCAUCGGUACUUAAGACCUCUCAGAUCACUUCUAACCAACAUGGCCUUGCCUGGGAAUUCUGCUUCUUUCACUAUCUUCUAACUAUGGGACAAGGUUGUGCCAGCACGUCGGGGGACAAGAGAACAGGGCUAAUCAAGCCAUCCAGGAAACAUUGGAGGACUUAUUCAGCUUUGGAAGCACUCGAUUGGUUCCUGAAACUCACCCACUCUGGUGGUAAGCACGAUGUUACUUCUGCAACUUCUGCUGGGGCUCUUGGGGUCAGGUGGGUACUUAUUCCUUUCAGGGGAUUGUCAAGAGGUGAGCACUCUCACGGUGAAAUACCAAGUGAUGGAGGAAGUGCCAUCUGGCACCGUGAUAGGGAGGCUGUCCCAGGAGCUGGGCUGGGAUGAGAGGCGUGGGCAGACUGCGGCUGCCUUCCAGGUCUUGCAGCUGCCUAAAGUGCUCCCCAUUCAGGUGGAUGCUGAGGAUGGCUUGCUCAGCACAGGGAGGCGGCUGGAUCGGGAGCAGCUAUGCCAACAGCGAGAUCCUUGCUUGGUUUCCUUUGAUGUGCUUGCCGCGGGGGAUCUGGCUCUCAUCCAUGUAGAAAUCCACGUGCUGGAUAUCAAUGACCACCAGCCACAGUUUCCCAAAAGCAAACAAGAGCUGGAAAUCUCUGAGAGUGCUUCUCUGCACACGCGGAUCCCCCUAGACAGAGCUCUUGACCCAGACACUGGCCCAAAUAGCCUCCACUCCUAUACACUGUCUCCCAGUGAUCACUUUGCCCUUGAUGUCAUUGUGGGGCCUGAUGAGACAAAGCAUGCAGAACUGGUGGUGGUGAAGGAGCUGGACAGGGAGGUCCACUCAUUUUUUGACCUGGUAUUGACUGCCUAUGAUAAUGGAAGCCCUCCCAAGUCAGGCACCAGCUUGGUCAAGGUUAAUGUCCUGGAUUCCAAUGACAACAGUCCUGUAUUUGCUGAGAGCUCACUGGCACUAGAAAUCCAAGAAGACGCUGCCCCUGGCACCCUCCUCAUAAACUUGACAGCCACAGACCCUGACCAAGGCCCCAAUGGGGAAGUAGAGUUCUUCUUCAGCAAGCACGUGCCCCCAGAGGUGCUACAUACCUUCAGUGUAGAUACCAAGACUGGCCAGGUCAUUCUGCGCCAACCUCUAGACUAUGAGAAGAACCCUGCCUAUGAAGUGGAUGUCCAGGCGAGGGACCUGGGUCCCAAUCCCAUCCCCGCCCAUUGCAAAGUCCUCAUCAAAGUACUGGAUGUCAAUGACAACACCCCAAGCAUCCACGUCACGUGGGCCUCCCAGCCAUCACUGGUGUCAGAAGCUCUUCCCAAAGACAGUUUCAUUGCUCUUGUUUCAGUGGAUGACUUAGACUCAGGAAACAAUGGUCUGGUCUAUUGUUGGCUGAGUCAGGAUUUGGGCCACUUUAGGCUGAAAAGGACUAAUGGCAACAUCUACAUGUUGCUAACCAAUUCCACACUAGACAGAGAGCAGUGGCCUGAAUAUACCCUCACUCUGCUAGCCCAAGACCAAGGAGUCCAAUCCCUAACAGCCAAGAAACAGCUCAGCAUUCAGAUCAGUGAUGUCAACGACAAUGCACCUGUGUUUGAAAAGAGCCGGUAUGAGGUCUCCACUCAGGAAAACAAUCCACCUUCUCUUCACCUCAUCACCAUCCAGGCUCAUGAUGCAGACUUGGGCAUUAAUGGAAAAGUUUCAUAUCGCAUCCAGGACUCUCCAGUGUCUCACUUCAUAGCUAUUGAUUCUGAAACAGGAGAGGUCACUGUGCAGAGGUCACUGGACUAUGAAGAAAUGGCCAACUUUGAGUUCUGGGUCAUAGCAGAGGACGAGGGGCAACCCCAGCUUGCAUCCAGCAUCUCUGUGUGGGUCAGCCUCUUGGAUGCCAAUGAUAAUGCCCCAGAAGUGAUUCAGCCUGUGCUCAGCCAUGGAAAAGCCACCCUCUCUGUGCUUGUUAAUGCCUCCACGGGUCACCUCCUGGUGCCCAUUGAGAUUCCUAAUGGUGUGGGUCCAGCAGAGACUGGAGCGCAGUCACUGGCCACACACAGCUCUCGGCCAUUCCUUUUGGUGACUGUUGUUGCAAGAGACGCAGACUCGGGAACAAAUGGAAAGCUCUUGUACCACAUUCAACGUGGGAAUGAAGGCCACCUCUUUGUCCUCAGCCCUGACCUGGGACAGCUGUUCAUCAACGUCACCAACGCCAGCAGCCUCAUUGGGAGUGAGAGGGAGCUGGAGAUUGUUGUGGAGGACCAGGGCAGCCCCCCCUUGCAGACUCGAGCCUUGUUGAGAGUUGUGUUCAUCACCAGUGUAGACCACCUGAGAGACUCUGCCAAUGAGCCUAGGAUCCUGAGCACAUCGGUGCUGACCAUGAUUUGCCUGGCUGUACUGCUUGCCAUCUUUGGUUUGCCCUUAGCUCUGUUCAUGUUUAUCUGCCGGACGGAGAAGAAAGACAAUAGGGCCUACAACUGUCGGGAAGCGGAGUCUACCUACCGCCACCAGCCCAAGAGGCCCCAGAAACACAUUCAGAAGGCGGAUAUCCAUCUGGUUCCUGUGCUCAGGGAGCAGGUGAGUGAGGUUGAUGAAGUUGGGCAGUCCCACAAAGAUGCAGGCAAAGAAGCAAUGGUGGAAGCAGGCUGGGACCACUGCCUGCAGGCCCCAUUCCAUCUCACACCUACCCUGUACAGGACCCUGCGUAACCAGGGCAACCAGGGAGUACAGGCAGAGAGCCAAGAGGUGUUGCAGGAUACUGUCAACCUCCUUUUCAAUCAUCCCAGGCAGAGGAAUGCCUCCCGGGAGAACUUGAACCUUCCUGAGUCCCCACCUGCCCCAGGCCAGCCCCGUACCCGACCCCUGAAGGUUCCUGGCAGCCCCAUAGGACGGCCGGCUGGAGACCAGAGCUUCGAGGAGGCCUCACUGAGCCCACCAGCAUCUUCUGCAACCCUGAGGAGGCAACGGAAUCUCAAUGGCAAAGUGUCCCCUGAGAAGGAAUCGGGCCCCCACCAGAUCCUGAGAAGCCUGGUCCGACUGUCUGUGGCUGCCUUUGCGGAGCGAAAUCCUGUGGAGGAGCUCACUGUGGAUUCUCCACCUGUUCAGCAAAUCUCCCAGCUGCUGUCCUUGCUGCACCAGGGCCAAUUCCAGCCCAAACCAAACCACCGGGGAAAUAAGUACUUGGCCAAGCCAGCCGGCGUCAGAAGUACAGUCCUCGACACUGAUGGCUCAGGUGCCAAGUCUGUCAUCCAGGCCGAACCAGACCCAGAGGAAGGGCCCUUAGACCCUGAAGAAGACCUCUCUGUGAAGCGAUUGCUAGAAGAAGAGCUGUCCAGCCUGCUGGACCCACACACAGGUCUGGCCCUGGACAGGCUGAGUGCCCCUGACCCAGCCUGGAUGGCAAGGCUGUCCUUGCCUCUCACCACCAACUACCGAGAUAAUGUGUGCUCCCCGGAUGCAGAGGCCUUGGAGGAGCCAAGAACCUUCCAGACAUUUGGCAAGGCCGGGCCAGAGCUGAGCCCAGCGGGCACGAGGCUGGCCAGCACCUUCCUCUCAGAGAUGAGCUCGCUGUUGGAGAUGCUUCUGGAGCAGCGCUCGGGUGUGCCCAUGGAGGCGGCCUCCGAGGCCCUGCGGAGACUCUCCGUGUGCGGGAGGACCCUCAGUCUAGGCCUGGCCACCGGCGGGGCUGCAGGCGUGGAGGGGCCCGGUGGGAAAACCGACUGAGAGCACACGGCAGAAACCUGUGAACACACCUUGGAGGCUUUUGGACCCAAGAACCAGGUGGCCUGGUUGAUGUUAGGGAGCCACAGACCCUAAGGAUGGGAAGAAAUGAGCUCUGGUUAGUAAAACUCGUCAACCAGAGGAGGCCCCAGAAAUUUAGGGUAACUGAUGCUGCACCCACAGAGGAGGCUGACCCAAGCAGCCCCUAGAAAGAGGUUCUACCUGUAAGCUUUUUUUUUUUUUUUUAAGACUGGGACAGUUGGUGACUGAGGUGUUUGCUGGAAAAACACGUGGCGGGACAAAGUCUGUCCUUAGGCUGAACAGAUGCCACCAAGUGUCACAAGCAGGGAAGGCAGCCUUGUUGGAGACUGGAGGCCGAGGCUGGAGCCUGGGGUACCAAGGUAAUGCGCUCUGAGCUACUAAUAAAGGAAA